AUGCUGGAAAAACGAAGACCCUCUGUGAAAAGAGACAGUUUGGUGGUCCCUGACAGUGAGGACACAACGAAUUGGCGGCUGAUAAUUGUUGCUGGAAUAGUGUCUGCAUUGAAUGCAGUAGAGAAUUCUGUGUUGGGAAUCGGAGAGUGGCCGUAUAUGAAAGAGAUAGACAAGGAUGCAACCGCCCAGUUUUUCGGGUUCGCUACAUCUGCAUCCAAGUGUGGACACGCUUUGUUCGCCCUUGUUUUCUCGAUUUGGAGUUAUAAAUCGCAUUCAGUCAAAAUCCCUCUCCUCGUGAGUCGUCUGGUGGCAAUCGUCGCAUGUGUGAUCUACUUAAACAUUGAGUAUGUGCCAUCUGGAAAACGAUACGUGUUGGGAGCAGUCUAUGUUCUGCUGGGAAUUGCAAAUAGCGCCUCCACCGUACUCCGUGGCUACAUCGCAAUGUGCUCUUCGAUCCAAGACCGCCCGAGAGCCUUCGCCGUCAUUGGCCUCUCCAUCAUCGUUUCUAUCGUUGUCGGCCCGACGCUCCAACUCAUCUUCAGUAGCAUCCCCUACCCCGGCUACGAGAUUUUUCAUGGAGUCCGAUUCCACAUUUAUUCCGCACCGAUUUGGUUCUCUUUCACUCUCACCAUUCUUACCGUGUUCUUCAUCGGGUUUUUCAUGCAAGAUGUGCACAGAGCGUCCACUGAAAGCAAAUUGGAAGAGGAGAGUGCUAAGCCAAUGUUCUCGAUUGAGCAGUUGAAGGAAACGCUGAGCAAGUUAAAGAAUAGUAAUUUGGAUUGGACUUUAAUUGGAGUUUGUCUAUUUGUGAAAAUCGCUGUAACCUUCUCACAUGCUACUAUGCAAUCAAUUAUGUCAAUCCUCUUCAUGGUGCAAUAUGGAUGGAAUGGUACCGAAACCGUUCGUAUGGGUUCCACGUUGAUGGUUGGGUUUGGCGUUUUCUCAUGCGUCAUUCUCCUCCUCUAUAUUUUCUGUAAAUUAGGUCAAAUUCUCCCUCAAGAAAAGGUGUACCUCUUCUGCACCAUUGCCUCCGGAUGUGUGUUCCUUGUCACCUAUCCAUUUGACUUUAAUAGCCAGCCGAUAGCAGUUUACAACGAGACAACUCACGCCGGCUGCAAUCCUGUAGAAUAUUCGUGGUGUGAAAGUGCCAUGGCAGUCAACCCCUACUUCUUCAUGAUAGUCACAAUGCUUAUCUCCGCCCCGUCGAUCCCCAUGAUGCAUACCGCGUUGGAUACCGUAUACUCAAGAAUUCUAGGAAACGUGGAUCAAAGUGUUGCUCAAGGAGCAAUGACUAUUGUAGAUGAUAUUGUAUUCAUGGUGACUCCUAUCUUUACGACAACAAUGUUCACACUAGUCGGUGUCGGGCCUCUCUGGCUUAUCAAGUCUUCCGUGUUCUUCGCAAUUGCAGCUGUUUGGUUUGUUAAUCUCAAGAAGAUUAGCGCUCACAUGUAUUAA